ACUUUACAUUUAUGCAAUCAACCUGAACUCACCUCUAUAUAAUAAGUAAAUAUAAACCAGUAAACAUGCAUAAGAAGAGAAAACACUUGUCAUGUAUCCAGUCCAACUCUAUAUUGGUGAAGAUUUAUCUGUCAUUUGGUAGAAGCGAGUCACGUUUGAUGUCAAGAUUUUGUGACACCUUCAUCCUCAAAAACCAUCAAUAAAACUACUCAAGGUACAAGACAAUAUGACCCAGAUGAGAUUAAAUAGAAGUUCACUAGCUGUGAGCAUAAACCAACAAAAUCCCAAAAACAAUAUUGUCAGUUUUGUGUCUGUGGCGUUACUAAUUUUGCAUAUUUUUGGGUUCAUGCAUUCAAGGUAAUACUAACACAUUUCAAUGUUUUAUUUCCUUUUGCAAGAUAAGUUUUAUGUAUUUGAACUGAAGCAAAGGCAUUUUAAAUAACUAUUUUAAGCAGUAGAGGUAUAUAAUUACAAUCUCAGAGCCUAAAUGACCUGACAUUCAUCCUACACAUUCGUCCCUGCAUAUUAAACAGUGGAAUGAUGCAUGAAUGCAUGGACUGAUGUGUGUAUGCAUGGAUGUAUGGAAACAGGCUAGAGCAGGUGUGUUUUGUGCAUGUCUCAGUGGCCCGUUCUUCAGUUGGUCGCUGUAUUCAGGACCGUCGCUACGGACUUUACGUAAGAUGUUGCGCUGGGUGCAGCAUCCGUCCCUCUGUACGGCCACGACGCGCACGAGCUGCCUGCAUACACUUACAGAAAUGCGCCAGUAGGUUUGUACGCCUCAUACCCCGGAUAAUCAAAUUACAUUCGAUUUUUACACUUUACAGCGAGUGAUUGCGUCGUUUUUGUUUUUUUUUUUUCUUCAGCGGUGGUAUGAUCUGUUAACUGUUCACCGUUAUUCACCGUGUCCGCGCGCACUGGCGCGCUCCGGAUCUGUGAGAGACACCGAAUCAACGGGGGGAAAAUCAUUAGAAGAAGAUUCGUCGAGUCGGCGCGAGGAGAAAGGAAAAGGUAUCCUCAUGGUUACCAUGAAUCUUUAGAAGAGGAUCCGGAGGAUGUGAUGGAUGUAUGAGAGGAGAACGUAAGCAAGGCCAGUGCUGACUGUGAUGAUUGUGAUGGCAAGCAGAAGACUCCCGUAGCAGCAUCCAGUGCUGUUGACAACUGUGUGGAUUACACUUUGAUGCCACAAGAUACCUGAUUCCACAAGUUAAUCGAAAGGGGCAGGACAUGAUUCAGUUGCCAUGCAGGCUGCUAUCGUAACAGGCCUUUUCAGCCCCUCCCCCCUUAUCUGGUUGGUCCAACUGUUGUUGUGGCCACACCUCCUUGGACCUAGAUUGGCCGAAGCCAGUCCCGCCUGUCCUGCUCCCUGUAGCUGUUCCAAUCAAGCCAGUCGAGUGAUCUGUACCAGAAAAGGCUUAAAUGAAGUUCCACAGAGUAUCUCCUCCAAUACACGAUACCUCAACCUCCAGGAGAACUCCAUACAGGUGAUCAGGUCAGACACCUUCAAGCACCUAAAUCAUCUGGAAAUUUUACAGUUGUCUAAGAACCAGAUUCGUCAGAUAGAAGUGGGAGCGUUCAAUGGCCUUCCCAAUCUUAUCACCCUGGAGCUUUUUGACAACAGACUCCCACUGGUACCAUCACAGGCAUUUGAGUACCUGAGUAAGCUGCGUGAACUCUGGCUAAGGAACAACCCCAUAGAGACACUCCCAGCAUACGCCUUCCACCGUGUGCCGUCACUGCGGCGGUUAGACCUCGGCGAGUUGCGCAAACUCAGUUUCAUCUCGGAGGCCGCAUUCGAAGGGCUGCUGAACCUCCGUUUCCUGAAUCUGGGCAUGUGCGGGCUUAAGGAUGUACCCAACUUGACGCCUCUCGUGCGGCUAGAGGAACUGGAGCUGUCAGGAAACCAGCUGGGCGUGGUGCGUCCUGGAUCAUUCCAAGGCCUGGUGUCUCUACGCAAACUGUGGCUCAUGCACUCUCGGAUCUCUGUCAUUGAGAGGAAUGCCUUUGAUGACCUCAAGAACCUGGAGGAGCUCAAUCUGUCCCAUAACUCUCUGCAUUCAUUGCCCCAUGAUCUCUUCACUCCACUGCAGCAGUUAGAGCGUGUCCAUCUGAACCACAAUCCUUGGGUUUGCAACUGUGACGUUCUGUGGUUGAGCUGGUGGCUUAAAGAAACUGUACCUGAUAACUCCACUUGUUGUGCACGUUGCCAUGCCCCACCAGGUACUAAGGGCAGGUACAUUGGUGACCUUGACCAGAGAGACUUCACCUGCUAUGCGCCUGUGAUUGUGGAGCCACCAACGGACCUGAACGUGACAGAGGGAAUGGCAGCGGAGCUGAAAUGCCGCACCGGGACAUCCAUGACUUCUGUUAAUUGGUUGACCCCCAAUGGGACCUUGAUGACCCAUGGAGCGUACAAGGUCCGGAUCUCUGUCCUGCACGAUGGAACCUUGAAUUUCACCAACGUGACCAUGCAAGACACUGGACCAUACACCUGUAUGGUCACCAACUCUGCUGGCAACACCACAGCAACUGCUGUGUUGAACGUCUCUGCACCCGACCCAGGCAAUGGUUACAGCUACUUCACAACCGUUACUGUCGAAACUGUAGAGACGGGGCAAGAUGGACACGAUUCAGCUCGGCAGUUCGUCAACGAGACGUUUAUUAGCUUUCCAGGACCGACGGCUGCAUCUGCAUCAGCAGGUCCCACUGGUUCGAUGCUGUCCUCCUUGUCACCGCGAGCUACGCGUGCACCCGAUCGCCCAUUCACGGUCUCCAUCACGGACGUCGCCAACCUGUCGGGUCUUGAGGAUGUAAUGAAGACGACCAAGAUCAUCAUCGGCUGCUUCGUGGCCAUCACCUUCAUGGCGGCUGUGAUGCUGGUCGUCUUCUACAAGCUUCGCAAGCAGCACCAACUGCACAAACACCACGGCCCGGCACGUGCCAUUGAGAUCAUCAACGUGGAAGAUGAGAUUGGAUCUGCGGGAGGAGCUAGUGGCAUCACAGGAGGGGGCACCGUCCACACCGGAGCAGGAUCUGGUGGAGGAAGCGGGCAGAGUCCAAGGAUUCACGACCCUGAGAUCAUGACCCUGCCGAGCGUCGGGCAAGCAGAUCACCUGAACCACUACUACAAAGCGCACCACUUUAACAACAAUGUGCUAAGCUUAAACAUGGCCACUGGAAUGCUCAACAACAAACCCAAUCCUUCCUCCCAAAACCAGGCUUCGACCAUGAAAAUAGGGACUUCCGGUGACCCCUCCAACCCCGGCUCGACCUCACCUCCCCUGCCAAUUCCCAUCCCAAUGGCGAUGACUUUCCACGGAACUCUGAAAGGCCUUAGUCACGUUCCCAAUGUGCAGACUGAGCCACUGUUGCUAUCGAAUGGCUCCAAGGAGAGCGUUCAGGAGACCCAGAUCUGAUUACUCGCAUACACGUGCACAUGCAGGAAGGGAAGUAGACUGGUUUUCAUGCCAGUGCGACUGUCAAGUCUUUGACAUUUUGGAACUCCAUCCCUUUCCGACGGGUUCUAUGGAAUAUUCCGUUCAGUGAACAGAGACAGGCUUUUACUGGACAUGGCGCUAUUGAGUACACAUGUGCCAAAGCAAGCGUCUUUUUUGCAGUUCUUUUUGAGUUGUGUCCGCGUAUAAAAAAUAUAGUCUAUAUUAAAGUAGUGUAAUUACUUAAGUGUUGGUUUGCCACAGUCCAGCGACACCGACUACACACACCGAUGUACAGCAGCUAACAGACCUGUAUAAAAGCAUACACACAUUUACACUUCCCGGAGGUUGACAUCAUUAUUCAUCGUACUCACCUCGGUAGGUAGUGUACCUGUGUGUGUGUGUGUAUGUGUGUGUGUGUGUGUGUGUAAGGGACAGUAUUAACUGAGACUAAUUCAGAAAUAAAGACUUAAACUGCUGUGAUCCAGAACUCUGCUUCAUGAUGACAUUCUGAAUCUAGCACAAGUGAGGAUCAGUUCAUAAGCUCAGAAAUCUGAACUCUAAAAGACACCAGUUUCAGGGUGACAUACGUCAUACCUAGAGGAGAGGGCAGAGAGAAGAAGCCUUUCCAUGUGAACAAUAAGAGUACUUGGCUGCUGUCCUCAGCAAAGGUACCGUAGUACCUCCCAACAAGCCGCCAUAGUGCAAACUCUCUGUGCAUUUCUACGUUUGAAGAGAUCUCGAGUGUCAUGUUUGUCUUUUCGCCUGUCAGCGCUGAAAUGAAGAGUAACAGCAGUGUGUAAGGGCUAUUUCACUGGCAUUGGGUGUUUUUGAUGUGCACAGAAAGUAUCUGGACUUAAAGCUGACAUGAAACGGCAUUCGCAACCCAUUUAACUUCUGUAGUAUUUCAUGGAUGCAGGGCGGGACUUGACUUUAUUCAUCAGGAAUUGAUUGGAUCGUGAAAAGUGGGUGUACCAGAAUGGAGCCAGGAGGGAUGGAAAGUCAUUUCAGAGGCGGAGCAGGUUAACAUUUUGAUAAAAGAUUCUGAAGAUUUUUUUUUUUUUUUUUGACUUGGCAUAACGUGCACAGUUGAAUCGUGCACAACAAGGCCAGGAAUGUGUGUUAGGAAAGUAAAUAGUGUCCAUUUUGAGUUCAUGUUGACUUUAAAACAAGCUGUAUUAAAGCUUUGAAAUACUAUACUGGGAUACGCAGCACAGGAGAAUUUCACCGACUUGAAAAUUUUAGAUUUUUAACAGAGAGAGAAUGAAAGACAUUGUGAAAAUGUCCAGAUUUUUCUGAUGAAAGAUUUUGCAAUAUGACAUGUAAUCUAAUGUAAAGAUUUUCAAGUAUACUGUUUAUAGACCAAAUCAGUGGGUUUGGGUUCAAGGGGCUGGUUAAGCGUCAGGGUUCAGGGAAUGGGAAAACCGCUCUUGGGCCACUUCAGAUAAAACGUUAGCCAUCCAGUUGGCGAAACUCGUAUGCCUCACUUUCAGAGAGUAUUUUCUUUGAAGGGAUUUGACCAGUCCUUCGUGGGAGCCAUACAACAACUGCUGACUACAUGAAGCGAUCUAUCGAUCAAGUUCCUCAUUCUUGAAUGGCUUUGAAGUUGUAUAAUAACAAUGUGCAAUGUGCCAUUAACUGGAGUAGAGUACACAUGCGUGUAUUAUUGUAAUUGCUGCAUUAAACUUUAUUCGGUUUUUAAUUUCCAAUUCAUCAUCUUUUUAUCAAAUUGUUGUUGUUAAAACUGAUUCAUCCUUUUUGCAAAUGCUGGGAACUUUUAUUAAUCAAGCUGGACUUAAUUUGACAAAUUGGGCAAUUGUUUUCUCUAGUUCGACAUAUUUCAUUUUUGUUGAAGUGCUAUACAUAGCUCAGCAACCUGAGGACAUUAUAUCCCUCGAUAUUAACCCACCGGUCUCUCAAAUGUCUCCCUGCUAUUCUUCAUAAUGGAAUUAUAGGACAAACUCUAUUUUUUUUUUCUUUUUUCUGUUUCUUUUAUUGCUUUCCAUAUUUCUCCCUACAGUAUGAAAGCUGAUUGUGUUUGAAUAUCCAGUGGGGUUGCUUAGCAACAACAUCAUUGCCAGGAAAUGCUCUUAAAAGCUUAUUGUAGCACCUGACCCUCGUCGGCUGAUGCAGAACAUAGGUAGAUCAGAAUUACGUCAGUAUCGCAUAAGUAAAAGGUUAGUUAAUGUGAGGAACGUGCGGGCUCUGCCUCGCUGUGUGUCCUUGACACUAAAAAAGAAAAAAAGAAAAAACCUGCCAGAUGAAAUUGAAACGUGCACAUCGAGCUUGGAAAGAUAUGAGAUGCGAGAUCUCAUACACAUGCAGUUUGUUUGCGUUUAUCGCGGAUCCAACGUUUUUAGCCUAUUGAAUGGCAUUGAAAGUUUCCAAGCGCAACAUAAACAGCCAGUUUCCACAAUUGAACCAUUAGCCGUACUGGGUGAGAAAGAUUCUAAUUCUAGAAAGCAUCAAAUUGACUGCAAGUUAUAGUCUGUACAUUUUAAAUGCAUAUGAUCAUUUUGGAGAUUUUGUAGGAGUACACCAGCAUAUAGCGAACAUACAUCAACUAAAAGUGUCUUUGCGUCAUGAGUCAAGAGUCACAGACAGGCGUUAUAGCCAGCAAACCUCACCUUUAACCUUUCCAUACCUCUAUUUUAUCAUACAAACUUGUGAAAUGCAAAAUGGCUAAACCCUCACCUGCCCCAGACCAGUGUGUCAGAGUUCAGACGUGUGUGUGUGUGUGUGUUGUCCUGUAGCAGGUUGUUCUUCUCCUCUAUGCAUCCUCUCUGCGGCCAGCAAAAUCACAUUACCCUUACGGCUACUGAGAGACAAUUCAUCUAUAAACCUUUCCCCAUUUCAGAAAGCUGCUCUAAGCUGAUUUGACUGGCUGUGAGAUGAAGACACUGAGUCUGAGACCCAUGUUGCAGUGUAUUUUAAGACGAGGCACGGAAGCUGUUUCUGAAUCAGCACAGAAAGAUUGUAUUAUGAAGCAGUUUCAUCACUGUAGACUCUUGAUGUGGUGGGUCUUUCUCUCUCUCCGUCUCUCUAUCACGUUCUCACACUGACCAUGUGUUCAUAUAAUGCCAUGUAUAUAAUCUAAAGAUGUAAAUAUUCUCUAUUUUUUGACUUACCAUUAGCAGAACACGCGUUCUUCAGGAUUUGAAACAGAACGAAGCUUUUUGGAAACUAUCUGCAUUUCUCUCUCUUCUAUUUAUGGGUGAAUCUCAUGAAAACAGGUCAUAUUUCACCACAGUAUCAAAUGAGCAAAAUUAGAUUGUGCUUAGAGAACAAUUAUGCUGUUUUUUUUGUUGUUGUUGUUUUUUUUUGCUUUGUGACAUUUGCAAACUCAUUUUAUCUUAAAUUAUUACUGCUGUAACAUCUGGAUAUUUUGUUUGUAAUUCCUAAUUUUCUGUGUUGAUUCUCAUUACUGUAAUUAAUACAUAAAAAUAAUUUUAAAAUACUAUAAUCAAACACAACAAUCUUUUUUGCAAUGUUGAGAAUUUUUCUUCUGAGAAAUAGAUUUUUUUUUCUGUUAUGAAAAUGUCACAUGGUAAAAAAAAACUAAUAAUGAGUUUUAUUUUUACUAUUAUUAAACAAAAUAAGUUUGGCGGGUGAAAUUUGACCCGAAACCAGUUCUUAGCAGGUUUUGUGAGAUUCACUCAUAUAUUUCUCUCUUAUUCUGUCUUUAGAACAACACACUCCUCAAGAAAAAAGAAAAAAAAAACGUAAAAUUAAUCUUUUUUGCAUUUAAAAAAAUACAAUUUCGCUGAUAUCGGCUGUGUUACAUUUAGCUCUGUUCUUCAUCUGUUUACCUAUUUAUUUGUACUGAGUAUUUUUAGUUCAUUUGGUUUCUUCUCUAUGUUGAUGCUGUGUGGUUCGGCUGUGGAGAGCUAAAGUUGAUUGGCCAUCAGUUCCGGGUCAAAGGUUGUGGCAAAUGCUUAACUGUGCGUGUGAGCCUCUGCACUAUGCCAUCCGCUACACAGACGCUCUUUACCAAUAAAACAUGGACAUUUUGGCUUUA